UCAUCAGAAAAUUAUGGAUGAGAUUCCUCCGCCUACCACACGAGAGGAACAAACAUGCUAAAGGAGCACUUUAAGCCCUUCAAGAAUACCAUUUCUAUUUCCACUUGGCAUUACAUUUUGAAAAGGAUCACUGCCGAUCCUCAUAUCCUGCAAUAAUGUUUCACAUGAUCAUAAAAUGAAAAUAUUUAAUUACGACAAAGAAAAAACAUUGAUGAUAAUGAUGACUAAUCAACUUAAAAAUUAAAGGAUUCAAAAUUGACAAUAGACAACUGAAGCUUUAACAAAUGCAUUAUCAACACAAGGUGAUUUAAAGGCCCCUUUAAAAACACAAAGAUUUAAAACCAUGAUGGACACAGCAAAAUUGAAGAAUCUAGAAUGAUCCAAGAAUCCUGAAUAUCACCAAUAUCCAGUAUUUGAUCGCAAACACAAAGAUUAACACUAAAGAACCAAUACCAUAGUUGUUCCUUUUCAACCUCUCUCCAUUCUCCCUCUGCACGUUCUCUGUGUUCGCUGUUACCUUUCAACAUUCAAACCCUAAUCUAAUUACUUUCCUACCAUUUGCCACGUGUUAGAUUGUUUCGUAACACAUCAAUUUCAUUUUGCCAAUACAUCUACGCCAAGUCACAUAAACUUGCCAGCUAAGUGUAUGUACACGUACUGGUGUACAUGUAUGGCCACUCUAUUCUGAUACACACCAACGACCCUCCUCCUUCUUCUUCUUCAGUGCCACUGCCGAGUCGCUGCUUACCGCCGCCGACGCUUCCGCCGCCGUUCCCCCGGAUCUUGUCACUGCCGCCGCAGCAUCCCGCCACUGAAGUUCUAAAGGGCGCAAUUUCCAUUAGCAGUCUCCGUGUUGGGUUGAAAACCGAGCAAGUUCUAUCUGAGUAGUCAAAAACAGCACUGUUCGGUUUCUGCAUUAAAUACAACGUCUAUAUUCCUCUUACCAUUUAGCACUCCCAACUUCUGGCAUGGGAAAAGAGAAACUAAGCUUCAAAGAAGUUCAUCAUUCUCAUAGCCCCAAAACAACUCUCUGGUGGUUCUUUCUUGUAGCUACCUGCAUUAAAGUUCUACUUUUCCCAUCCUACCGUAGUACAGAUUUUGAGGUGCAUCGCAACUGGCUGGCUGUGACCCACUCCCUCCCUCUUUCCCAGUGGUACUUUGAUGAGACAAGUCCAUGGACUCUUGAUUAUCCACCAUUCUUUGCCUAUUUUGAACGCUUUCUAUCUAUUUUUGCUCAACUCAUUGAUCCCCAAAUUGUGCAUCUUCAAGAGGGCCUGAAUUAUAGCUCAAACACGGUGGUUUAUUUCCAAAGAGUUACUGCAAUACUUUCUGAUUUGUCUCUUCUUUAUGGGGUUUACAGACUUACUCGAAAUCUGGAUUCAAAAAAGCAGAAGUUGAUCUGGUCAUUGAUUAUUUGGUCACCAGUGCUUUUUAUAGUGGACCAUGUGCAUUUUCAGUACAAUGGAUUUCUCAUUGGGAUUCUGUUGAUCUCACUUUCAUAUUUGGAGGAAGGAAGGGAUUUGUUAGGUGGGUGUAUCUUUGCUGUUCUCUUGUGCUUUAAACAUUUAUUUGCAGUGGCAGCACCAGUCUAUUUUAUUUAUUUGUUGAGACACUAUGUUUGGGGUGGAAUGAUAAGAGGCUUCAGUCGACUUUUGAUUAUGGGAGGAGUGGUUACAGCAGUGUUUGCAUCUGCUUUCGGACCAUUUUUCUACCUUGGACAGAUAGAACAAGUCAUUCGACGAUUGUUUCCAUUUGGCAGGGGGCUUUGCCAUGCAUACUGGGCCCCAAAUUUUUGGGUAUUCUAUAUUAUGUCAGAUAAAGGGCUUGCUUUCAUAUUAAGAAAACUUGGGUUCAAUAUCCAGAUGCCAGCAGCUUCAUUCACGGCUGGUCUAGUAGGGGAUUCCUCACCAUUUUCUGUACUACCUCAGAUCAAACCAUAUGUGACCUUUGUAAUGGUUCUUCUUGCCUUAUCUCCUUGCCUUUUCAAGGCUUGGAAGAAUCCACAGCCACAGAUGAUUAGUAGGUGGAUAGCCUAUGCUUAUACCUGUGGUUUUCUUUUUGGAUGGCAUGUGCAUGAGAAGGCAUCUCUCCAUUUUGUAAUUCCACUUGCCAUUGUUGCACCUCAAACUCCGGAGGAUGCAAGGCAUUACUUUUUGCUGUCAAUAGUAUCUUGCUAUUCAAAUUUCCCGCUACUAUUCGAGGCACAAGAGUAUCCGAUCAAAGUUUUGUUGCUGCUUCUACACUCCAUUUUGAUGUGGUCAGGCUUUUCAGCACAAUUUUAUGUUGGGGCUGAAACAGCGAGAGCGCCAAUUACUAAUUCAAAGAAAAAGGCUGAUGAAUUUGGAUCUGAAGAUAGUUUGGGUGAAACUGUGAAGAAAGGUUUUGUCAUUGGGUGGAGUGAGAGGAUUUAUCUGAUAGGUCUUGUAGUUGUGGAGAUAUGGGGCCAAAUUUUACACCCUUUAAUUUUGGGUGAUAAAUUUGCAUUUGCACCACUCAUGUUGAUCUCCAUAUACUGUGCUUUUGGGGUGAUGUACUCUUGGAUUUGGCAGUUGAUAUCCAUAGUUAAAUCUCUUUAAAUUUAGGACUGUGCACUGGAUACUGGAUUUUAUUAUGAAUUUUAUUCACAGAAUUUUACGAGUCAACAUUUGUUUUAAUUUUUUAAUUAAAUGAAGUGACUGUUUGACACGA